GGCGAGUUACUAUCAUUAUCUGAGAAACAAAAUGUCCUGGAAUGGUUUUAAAAAGUCGAUGAAUAGAGCUGGUACAACUAUGAUGCAAAAGGUUGGCCAGAUAGAGAAAACUAACGACUCUGAGUGGUCAGAGCUCGAAGCUAGAUUUAAAGUCUAUGAGAAGGAAUCGACUGCCUUACAGAAGGAGGCAAAAGGUUAUUUGGAUUCUAUGAGGGCUAUGACUGCUGCUCAAGCUAGAAUAGCAGAGACCGUUGAAUCUUUCUACACAGAUUCAAGCGAGGAUGCAAUGGCUGGACACGCCUACAAGAGAGCAGUAGAAGAUUUAGAUACAAAGACCGGUAGAGAGUUGGACGCUCCAUAUCGUACCACUGUUCUUGAACCAAUACAGAAGCUAUGCGCAUACUUCCCUAACACAAACCAGGCUAUCAGCAAGAGACAUAAGAAGUUGCUAGAUUACGACGCCGCAAGAACUAAAGUAAGAAAACUAACGGAGAAGCCUUCAAAUGAUGCAAGCGCUUUACCUAGAGCACAACAGGAAAUGGACAUGUGCGAGCAAGCCUAUAUUGCAUUGAACGAUGAGUUGAAGGAUAUAAUGCCACAAAUGUUGGACCUUAGGAUACCAUAUUUAGAUCCAUCAUUUGAGGCUAUGGUUAGAUUACAAGCCAAAUUCAGUCAGGAAGGAUAUGAGAAGUUGGGUGGUGUACAAAGGUACUUUAACGACGACGUUAGGGACAAUUACGCGAAUGGCAGCUUAGAUGCAGAAGUUGAGAAUUCUCUGCAAGAAAUGAAAGAUUUGACUAUCGUUGGAUUAAGUUAGUGUUUUUGUAGAUGACGAUGAUGAAUGAUUUGAAGAAAAGCAAAUCAAUUAGGAAAUAUUUGAAAGCUAUAAAGUUAAUUGAUAAUAAAACAAUUAGAUAUAACGAAAUUAUAACUUUAUUAAGGAAAUGUAAAAGUUUGAAUGAGUUGAAUAUGCUCGAGAGUGUCGAUAGCUAUUACAACAGUCAAUUUAACCGUAAUAGACAAUACGAUAUGGCCAUAAAUUUUGGUUUACAAUGUUCUCAUAGCUCUAUUAGUCUAUUCAAUCACGCUUACAAUAGCCAGCUUUCUCAUACGUCAAAAAAGGGCAAAGAGAAGUUUAAAUACGGAUUAGAUUCACUUAAUCUACAUGAUAGUUAUGAUAGAGUUACGCUAAAUAUUUUUAUCAAACAUUCCAUCAAUAAGUCACUAUCGAGAAGAAUAAUAUGGGAAUUAUACUACCUCGUCAUGGUCAAAGAGGGUCAUCUAGGAGCUACCCUACCACCAGAGAUUAAUAUACAAUUCAAUGAUCAUCAUAAUAUAUAUAAAUCUAAAUUAGAGCAUUUGAUUACAUCAUCAUCAACGCAUAAUUUACACUUUAGACGACAUACUUGUCCAUUAUACAAGUAUUUCAUUAGACUAUUCAAGUUAAAGAAUGAUAUACUUGGUUAUAAGCACCUCAUUAAUUGUUAUAACAAUGCGUUAUUCAUUUACAACAGCAAAGAAUCUAAAUCAACUAUUACAGGCACAUGAUCUGAUGCACCAUAGAUUUCAGCUCUCAUUAUUGCAUUCUUGACUUUAUUACUUAGGUCUUUCGAGAUUAUAACGUAGUCUAAUCUCCAUCCAAUACCUUUGACCCGUGCAUUAAAUCUAUACCCCCAAUAACUAUAUUGUCCAACUUCAUCAGGGUUAUGUUCUCUCCAUACAUCUAUAAAUUUGUCGGAUAAUUGUUCCUUAAAUUGGCUAACUUCAGCCUCUGUCCAACCAGGUGUCUUGUUCCAGUUGGAUUUGUCAUUCCUAAGGUCCUUAUUGUCGUGACAGACAUUAAGAUCACCCAACCAGAUGGUAUUUUUGCCGAGAUUAUGGAGGUAUUCCUUGAAAGCUUCAUUCCAGACUUUCUUGUCCUCGAGAUUCUUCAAACCACUUCCUGCGUUAGGUACAUACGUACCGAUUACAUAUACAUCUUUAAACUCGAGUAUGAUUAUUCUACCUUUGGUUGAUUCAGGUUCUGGAUGGGUAGGUAAAACAUCUGUUGUCGAAAUGGCCUCUGAACCAUUCCAGAGGAUGGCAAUACCAGCAUGGCCUUUUUUGACACCCGGUACCCACUUUGAAUGCUUGUAUUUGUUUUUAAUAAUCUCAUCAUUUGGUUCUUUGUCAAUUUUGGUUUCUGUGAGGACGAGCAGAUCGGCUGGCUCUGCUUGUAUAUAUUUAUGCAAACCUUUCUUCACUGAAGCGUUGUAUCCCGCUAUAUUCCAACAAGCAAAACGCGUAACGUUCUCUGGUUUAUCGUAUGGGCUCAAUUCAUCUGGUAGCUGUUUAUUCGUCGGUUGAUUAGGAUCUAAAGGUGUCGCUUGAACUUUAGGCUUUUUCGUCGAAGAUUCUUCGCCCUCAGGUGAGGUUUCACGUUUUGGUGGCAUGUUUGAUAGGUGUGUAUUAAA